AUGGAACCUCCGGACUUGGGCUCCUGCACCUCCCACACUGCCUGGCCGCCCCUCCGCCACCGAACUCUGUUAUCCUUCCUCCCUUCCGGAGGGGGUGCAGCUGACCACAAAAAACUUGGCCAAACCAAGGGGGCUGCCUUCCUCCCAGCCAGCGGGCUGUGCUCUUUUCCAGCUGAAGCAGCAUGGUGGCGGAGCAUUGUGAUGACUACUUGCUCCACUUUCUCAGCCUUGGGCUUGAUGCCUCUCCUCCUGUUUAUCUACUCCAAGGGGAUCUAUGACGGGGACCUCAAGAAUAAGGUGCCCUAUGGGCAUAUUACCAUCUCAAUGGUUUUGAUACUUAUCCCCUGCACCAUAGGAAUCAUCAUCAAUUCCAAGAGGCCACAGUAUGGACGCUACAUCAUCAGGGGAGGGAUGAUCAUAAUGCUUAUUUCAUCAGUGGCUGUUGCUGUCCUUUCUGCCAUCAAUGUUGGCCGAAGCAUCAUGUACGUCAUGACAUUUCAUCUUCUAGUUACCUCUGCUCUGAUGCCUUUCAUUGGCUUUGCCCUGGGUUAUAUCCUCUCAGGCAUUUUACGCCUCAAUGAACGAUGCAGACGUACCAUCAGCAUGGAGACCGGAUGCCAGAAUGUUCAGCUAUGCUCUACCAUCCUCAACAUGGCCUUUCCUCCAGAAGUGAUUGGACCCCUUUUCUUUUUUCCUCUUCUCUACAUGAUUUUCCAGCUUGGUGAAGGGCUUCUCCUUAUUGCCAUCUUUAAGUGCUACAAUAAAAUCAAGACUCCCAAGGAUAAAACGAAAAUUAUCUACACAGCUGUGAAUGACACUGCCAAAGAAGCAGAAGCAAGAACUUUGAGCAAUGGUACAACUUAGUCCAUCUCAUAAGCCACUAGAUUUUAUCCACAGAGUGCCAUUUCAAGUGCCAGCAGCAAGGUGUGAAAUAUAUGUAGCUAGCAGGAAGAGCAGCAUUAUCUGAAUUUCAGAGGCAAACUCUCCUGUGUUCCUCUAAGCCAUCCCACCAGUGACCACCAAGGUGAUCAUGGUUCUGAACCCUUGAAAUUAUGGAUAUCCAUGUGAGCAACUUGCAGCUAACACAAAUCUGGGACUUUUUUCCUCUGGCUACUUACAAAAAAAAAAAAAUUAAGACCAAUGGGAUUUGAUGAAUUUAUCUCCAGUAGGAUAGGCUCAGUCUUUAGAGUUCAUUAGGAAAAAUUGUACCUAGAUUCUCAUUUUAGUGUAGUUUCUGUGGCUUUCUCUUAAAACUUCUAUAACCUUAAUUUUGAUGAGUUACCAGUUCCUUUUAACAUUUCAAUGAAUAAAAAAUUACUUUGUUUUUUCCAAACACAUUCCAAGGAAUACCUCCCUCCAACAAAGUAACACCCAAAAACCAGAUUGUAACUAAUAGUAUGUGUCACUUUCCAUUUAGCAGCUCAUUAGCUAUUAAAAGCAAGGAUUGUGUAAAA